AUGAUUUCAGGAAGAAAAUGUAGAAGAAACUCGUCGACCACCGUCGAGACGACCAACAGCGAGGAGGAGAAGUGCGCGGGCGAUUCUGGGCACCGUCUCUCCAGCGCCGGCAUGUCGAAGAUGCUGUCGCGCAGUCGCUCUUCGUUGCACGAGGAGACGGCGGGAAAGGCGAGCCGCAGCCCGAGCAACACUCGAAGUGACAGUUUCGUUCCCAACAAGUUCAAGCAGAGCGAUUCGCCGGGAGUUUUAAGCCAAGCUUCUUUGAAUCCCAACGGUGACACAUAUUUCCUGCCGAAAGACUACAAACCGGAGCAGGCCUUGGAAAUCCUAGAGAAAAAACACGCUUUCUUCUCGAAAACUUUCGGUGGCUGUCGAACCGACAGCCUGGAGAAGAACACGAACGAUCUUGUCCCUGAACCAGCGGGAAACUUCGAGGAAACGUACAAGACGAAGUGGGGCGAAUUUUCAUCGAAUUUCCCCAAGGAAAAUCAGAACGGGAAGUUCGAGGAUCAGAUCGUUUGUAACUUUGUGGAUAUCAUAUCGACGAGGCGAGUCAAGGAACUCAAAGUAUUGGGUUGCCUAAUCGUGGAGAUUUUCAUGGCGAAACAGCUGAAAUGUUUGGGAAGCAGCAGCCGCGAUUUAACUCUCGACAGCCGUAUAGAAAACUGUAUUGCGAUGACGAGACAUUCAGAUAACAGCCUCCCACCUUGUAUAUCCUACAUCGUCGAUUUGCUCCUGCGACCUAACGAGUAUGACAGAAACGACCCCUUCUCGUCCACCCACCCCCCAAUCACCCCCACGGGGCUACCUCCCCCCACUGCCCGCCUCCUCCUCGAACCCCUCCUCCACCACCCCCUCCCCUUCUCUCGCCACCAGCCAUCCCUCUACCGCCUCCUCGCCGACCUCAAACGCUUCGAGAGCGUCGCCUCCGAACUGGACGUCCUGUACCAUUUCGAUUGUGCUGGUGGGGAAAUGUGUGCGCAAUACGAGGCGUUGGAGAAGACGAGGAUUUUGUUGCAGAGGAACAUUGCCGAGUGCCAAGUCAAAGGGUGCGUUGGAGAGUUGGAAGGACUUUUGGGGGAGGUGGAUACGAAUACCGAAAGCGAGGUCAUAGGUAUCAUCCUACCGUACAUCAAGCAACUGAUGGAGAACCCACCGACCUCCGUCCUCGCAGCCUGGUACCUCUUCGAGCCACUGUCCCGAGUCCUGGGCCCCCGCAAAUCCGCCAAAUACCUCCUUCCCCCGCUCCUCAAACUCUACGAGAACGAACCCGACCACUCCCAUCUCCCCUACUUAGGGAAAAUCGCCAGGCUGUACCACCACAGCUUCCUGCUUUGCCUCAUGGUGAGGCUGGGGCUGAGGUGCUUCUUGGACAAGUUCGUGGUGGCUCUGGUGGAGGCUGUGGGAGGUUACAAGGAUCGCGAGCUGGUGGACUUUGUGCUGCAUGAUCAUUCUGGAAGGGUGGCCAAAAGGGCUUCUCAUCUCAAAGGGAUAGAGGCUGAGGAAGGAGAGAGGUCCAGUAGUGAGGAGUCUAAUAAUGGUAGAGGCGAGAGAGAGUCUGCGGUUGAGGAGGUAUUCGAGCUGGAAGAAGAAAAAAACAGCGAGGAACAAAUAAAGUUCCUCAUAGACCACCUGCAACUCAAUGUCGCCUCAGAGCUCACCUUCAACCACUCCAUAGAAGAAGCCUUCGAAGCCAACACCUCCGAGGAAUCCGGGGUCAGAUCCCCAACAAUCCCCAUCCCCACAAGCAAAACCACUUUGUCACACAUCAGCUGCGAAGUAGGCAGCAAAAAAAGCGAGAAGAGCGAGCUAGAGCUCGACUUUGAGGUCUCAGAGUUGCCCAAAGUGUCUGCCCGAGGCUCUGAGUCGCCCAGAGUGUCUGCCCGGGGCAAGCCGAAGAUAUCCGAGACCAGUUCGGACAGUUUGUUGUGGCUGUCGCACCGCUUGGGGCCAUUGUUGACAGCUAAAUAUCUUUCGAGGAAUUUGCUGAAGAUGUUGGCGCUUUGCUACAUCGGUAGGGAGAAUUUGACGGGGUGUGUUUUGGCUGUAGGGGGUAGUUUGGGGGGAGUUUCGAUAGCUGGGGGCUAUGUGGUGGGGGACGAAGCAGCCGGCAAGGUGUUGGAGUGUUUGUCGAGUAUUUCAGGUCUCUAUGGCGAGCAAAUAAUAUUAUACCAAUACAUUCCUUACAUGACUGAGAUGAUACUACUUUGUAAGAAGAGGCUAACACCAAAUUUGGAAGGUGGUCUGAUAUCUUGUUUGGCCUUGUUGAAAUAUAUCAUUCCAUAUUUUACCGAUGUGAUGUUGAUGGAUCAGUUACAGGACGUGAUAUUGAAAAACAUACUCCAUCCAAUAGUGAGACUGUUGAAUUCCACAGAACACACGUUUCCCAGUGGCUAUUUUUCUAGGAAUACCUUAGCUCGUAAAUAUUUAGACGUCAUUUACGUACUCUCAAUUAGAAUAGGCACCGACAUGACUAAGAAGUACCUGGUAGUACCUGCACUCCAAAGAUUUUUUCUUAUAUUUGAUAAAGUUUACGAUAGAAAAAACGACAUGUAUGUAGAUAAGAUUAGUCUAGCACAACCAAAUAUCGAUCCAAAGAUCGAAAACGAAAAACCAACCCCAGAUUCUCCUAGCAGCGAAAAAUUAAACGACGAUUGUUCGCUCUCGGAAGAAACUAACCUAACAAACGAAACAUUGAAAGAAAUAAAAGAGGUUUUCACUCCUGAGCUAGCUUACACAGCCUACUUGCCUUUCAUCAACUUGGUUGGUUCCGGCUUCCUGGAAGUCUCCCUGAAGAAUCACGAGAACGUCCGAAACUUGUGCCAAGAGUACGAGGAGAGUUUGUUGAAUUCGGGCGGCCAGGAUAAGUUGAAGUUGUCGAAUUUUCCGAGGAGUCAGAGCAUUACUAGUACGAGCAGUAUAGGGAGUAAUGUUGCUAUGAUUGGGAACAGGAUCGAUGUGCAACCGGAAGUUAUGGACAACCUCAACAUGGAUUUGCUCAGUUUGGUGAGGAACCGAGUGGAAAGCAGCACUAGACACCUUCGCGGCAAUUGGCUGGCCUAUUGGGAAUCCGAAAUUGGUCGAUCGGAGAAAAACAGGGCGUUGAACUUCAAGCAAAUCAAGCUGCAGACGUUCGUCGGCCACACCCAAAGCGUCAAGUGUCUGUACGCUUUGGACAACGAGAACAGUUUCCUGUCCGGCAGCCGGGACAAGACCGUCAAGCUGUGGUCGUUGAGGAGCCAAGGGGACGGAUCCACUACGUCGAACUGCCAGUGGACUUAUUCGGCUCACAGGAAGUCUAUUCUGUCGAUAACGUUCGUGGAGAGCCUCCGAUUGGUCGCGUCCUGCGACAGCGUCGUCCACAUCUGGGAUCCCUUCAUGGGAGCCAAUUUGGGUAGUUUGGAGUCGGCAAAAUAUGCACCCGUGAACGUAUUGAGAAGUAUGCCAGCGCCCUCUACAUUGGUAUUCGCUGCGACCACCGACGGUACCAUCAAGAUAAUCGAUACCAGAUUAUUGGAUUAUGUGCAGGAAAUCAAAAUCAGUCUCAAUCCCUCCGGCCUCAUCCGCUGUCUAGCCGUAGCCCCUUGCGGCACGUGGGUGGCUGCCGGCCAAUCGUCUGGCGCGGUCACCGUGCUCGACACCAGGACCGGCCUCGUCGUCUCCAAUUGGCGGGCGCACGAGAGCGAGGUGCUGCAAUUGGCCGUCGGCGACGAGGACUUGCUGAUCUCGACCAGCCUGGAUCAGAACGUGUGCGUGUGGAGUGUGGCGGACGGGAAGUUCAAAUUUCAAAUGAGGGGAACCACCGAACCGGUUCACUGUUUGAACGUGAACAACAACGAGUUGAUAUCCGGUACAACGGCCAAUAGGAUUGGGGUUCAUUCUUCGAUCGCCCCGGAUGCGGCUUUCUCGAACAACAAACUCAGAACGGACACUUUCAGGGGGUUGCUCACCUCCAUGGAUUAUUUGCCGCUCAAUAGAUUGCUCUUGCUAGGGGCGGACACGGGCAAUAUUAAUUUAUUAUGUUGA